GCCCGGCCCGGCCCGGCCCGGCCCGCCCGCGGCUCGGCGUCCUCCGGGGCUGCGGGGAGCAGAGCUGUCACCAGGAGCGCAGCCCGGGUGCCAGCGGGCUCAGCAGCUUAUCCCUGAACAGAACCUGGGGGCAUCUUUUUCCAUAGGAAUUUGGCUUCUCGCUGCCACCCGUUCUGACACGCUCUGUACCCGAGCCUCCUCCUAGCAUACUGUGGCUUUCCUUGUGGGCAGCCCUGGCUCAGUAACGGACACGAAGGGUGUUCUGCUUGACAAUAAAUUGGAGUUCAGCUGCAUCAUGGCAACUGUUGUCACUGAAAAGCUUAGCCGCCUCUUCAUUAAUGUGCGCCAGAUCCCUCAGCUGCUGGCCCCGCUGCCUCCCUCUACCGUGAGCAGUUCAGAGGUGCCAAAGGUCUACUGGAAGCCCUACAUCCACACCGGCUACCGGCCGGUUCACCAGACCUGGCGCUAUUACUUCUCAACGCUCUUUCAGCAGCACAACGAGGCCAUCAACGUCUGGACCCAUCUGGUGGCAGCGUUGAUUCUGCUGCGGCGGUUCCAGCAGCUUUCACAGCGGGUGGAUUUUGGGCAGGACCCUCAUGCCCAGCCCCUCCUCAUUAUCAUUGUGGCAUCCAUCACAUACUUGACGUUCAGCACCCUCGCUCACCUUCUGCAGGCCAAAUCGGAGUUCUGGCACUACAGCUUCUUCUUCAUGGACUAUGUGGGAGUAGCCAUUUAUCAGUAUGGCAGUGCCCUAGUGCACUACUAUUAUGCCAUUGAACCAAGCUGGCAUGAAAAGGUCAAGGUGUUUUACAUGCCAGUGGCUGUCCUGUUAGCGUGGCUGUCCUGCGCGGGUUCUUGUUACGCUAAGUAUCAGUACCACCAGUCUGCUCACUUUCUUAGCAGGCUCUGUCAAGAAAUGCCCUCCGGUCUGGCUUACAUGCUUGACAUCAGCCCUGUGAUUCACCGAAUCUAUACUGCCCAGUCCUCUGAGCACGCUGACCCAGCCGUGUUGUAUCACAAAUGCCAGGUACUGUUUUUCCUCAUUGGUGCCUUUUUCUUCUCGCACCCUUAUCCAGAGAAGUGGUUCCCUGGGAAAUGUCAUUUUUUUGGGCAAGGCCAUCAGAUUUUUCAUGUGUUCCUGGUCCUCUGCACUCUAGCACAGAUCGAGGCAGUGGUGUUAGAUUACGAGUCCAGGCGGCAAAUCUAUUCUAAACUUCAUGGUGACUUAGCUCAUAACUUUUCUGCCCUGUGCCUUUUCACUGUAACCUGCUGUGUUCUCACAGCCACUUAUAUGGCCAGGAAGGUGAAGAGCAAGCUGAGCUUCAAAGAAGAGUAACAGCCCUGUAGGAGAAGCAUGUGAGCUCACCGUGGGCCUGAAUGCUUGAUCUAGAGACAGCUGUGGUGAUGCCAUCAGGUGAAUCUGGUUACAGGCUUCAAGAAGAGAAGUGAAAUGCUUUGUGAACUGCUACUAGUCAGUGCUCUCUACAGGGGUGAAAACACGAACUGCUGUUCAAGCUUUUUAAAAAUUCAGAACUAGUUCCAACUUAAUGAUACACUGAUUUAAUUCAAAUGUCUGAAUAAACAGUUGGAACAAAAUGCUCUUUAUUAAUGAUGCAACCCUAUGUUUUAAUGGCUGUGGACUGCAAAAGUUUAUUGGAUGCUACCAGGUCUCAGCAAAAGGUAAGGAGAUACGAUCUGAUCUUAGACCCACUUAACUGUGGCAGAAUCUAAGCCAUUAAAACAAACAGACCAAACUGGACCUAUAUAAAUCAUAAACA